GACAGCGCGCUCUGCCACUAUUCACGCGAACCUGCUGAAGGCCGUCGGAGUCGUCCCUUGUAAAUUAUGUACAUAAAAUACUGACGUUUUUUUCGGAGUCCCAUGAAUGGCUGGCCGCACAAGUAGGAGCCGACAAAAGCGAGCAGGGAGUAGAAAACGUUUGAACCAAAGGCGAGCAUCGUUUUGAGCUGGAACACGUCCGCGCAGCGCUCGCCGUCUGUUCUCCCGCAGACCGACGCUCGACGACUCCGCUGGGGAUUUGCAAGCCGAUAAACACCGCGGCAAAGCCUAGAAAAUGUAAAGAGAUAGACAAACGGACCCGCGACUUAUUUUUUUAAAGCCUUUGGUUGUUUUUUUUUUUAGAGUGAAUUUUUUCCCCUCUCAGUGGGUGUAACAUAAAUGUGUAGAUAGAAAUGUUAAUGUAAAUAACCGCAGCCGUUGUAAAUAGGUAUAUAUUUAAAAAAAAAAUCCUGCAAACAGUGAGUUUGCCAGCUGUCGGGUUUUUUGAUAAAAUAAAGACAUCGCAGGACCGAGGAGCAACGAUAUUACAUAGGGGUGCACUUGAAAAUAUUCAAACAAGUUGAAAGAAGAGUUCUGGAGCUUUCCCAAGAAGCUUGAAGGAGCUGACAGAUGUGUGUUUUUUGUGAUCACUGAUGAACAAGUGGGUCCUGAGAAAGCAGGAAAUGAUAAGAAGGAAAGCGAGAAUAUAAGCUCUUCAUCACCGCUGUGCUCUCAUCCUAUGUUUCUGUGAAGACUCUUAAGAAAAGGAGAGGCAAGAAAGGAAGAGGUGAAUAGCAAGCUUUUCCGCUUUGUCCAGACCCCCCUAUUGGAAACACCGGAAGAACAGUUUUGGAGACUUAAAGAAGUGACUGGUGACCACCGAAAGAAAGAGAGACGGGGACUGACGGAGGAGCAAAAGUUUGGAGGAGGAAGAGGUCUAGGAGGGUCAGAAAAGACCACUGCCCAUGGCUACUGACCCAGGAGAGCCCACAGGCACCGAGGACUCCUCGGAGAAACCUGAUGGACACAAGGAGAAGGACACGGACUGGGAGGGCACGACUGACCAACAGAGGGACAGGACACAUACCACCCCCUUGGAUUUCCCCUCCUCCCAGACCCAGGAAUGGAGUAAAACAGGGCGGGAGGACAAAGGAUCUGAAAGAGGAGGGGGAGGAAGAGGAGAAGAUGAAAUCUUCCAGGAGAGUGAAUGCCCAGGUCUUGUCUCCACAACUUCUACACUAGUUGAUACUGGUCAGAAACGACUAAAACGGGAAAAGCGCUUCUUCAGGAAGAGUGUGGAGAUUUGUGAGGAGGAUGAUGGGGUGGAGAUGCCCUCUGAGUCUCCACACAGUGCCCCUCACCUGGAGUUGCACUCCACAGAAUCAGGCUUUGGCAAUGACCAGCAGCAAGGGGCAGCGUCAUCUUGUGCAGCCUUAGGGCAUGACGCAUCUCAAAGUCAUGAGCCCGGCAAAGAUGCCUCUUCAUCUGCACUUGCCCAGAAGGUGAGGGACCGUGAGCAGGAGGAGGAGGCAGAGAUGAAGGCUGUAGCUACUUCUCCUGGCGGAAGGUUCCUCAAGUUUGACAUCGAACUGGGCAGAGGAGCCUUCAAGACUGUAUAUAAAGGCCUAGACACCGAGACCUGGGUUGAGGUGGCUUGGUGUGAACUUCAGGACCGCAAGCUGACCAAGGCGGAGCAGCAACGUUUCAAGGAAGAAGCAGAGAUGUUGAAGGGGCUUCAGCACCCCAACAUAGUCCGCUUUUAUGAUUCCUGGGAGUCUGUGCUCCGUGGAAAAAAGUGCAUUGUGCUAGUCACUGAACUCAUGACAUCAGGAACACUUAAGACUUAUCUGAAGCGCUUUAAGGUGAUGAAACCCAAGGUCUUAAGGAGCUGGUGCAGGCAAAUUCUGAAAGGACUUCACUUCCUACACACCAGGACUCCACCGAUUGUCCACCGAGAUCUCAAGUGUGACAACAUUUUCAUAACAGGCCCAACAGGAUCAGUGAAGAUAGGGGACCUGGGGCUGGCUACUCUUAUGAGGACCUCAUUUGCCAAGAGUGUUAUAGGAACUCCUGAAUUUAUGGCUCCUGAGAUGUAUGAGGAACACUACGAUGAGUCUGUGGAUGUGUAUGCCUUUGGAAUGUGCAUGCUGGAGAUGGCUACUUCAGAAUAUCCUUACUCUGAGUGCCAAAAUGCUGCUCAGAUCUAUCGCAAAGUAACAAGUGGUAUAAAGCCAGCCAGUUUUGAUAAAGUUAAUGACCCAGAGAUCAAAGAAAUCAUUGAAGGUUGCAUCCGUCAAAACAAAAGCCAAAGACUCUCCAUCCGAGACCUCCUGAACCACGCUUUCUUUGGCGAGGACACGGGUGUCCGAGUGGAGCUAGCAGAGGAAGACAUGGGUACCCAGGACUGUCUGGCUCUCCGAAUUUGGGUUGAAGACCCCAAGAAGCUAAAAGGGAAGCACAAGGACAAUGAGGCCAUCGAGUUCAGCUACGACCUGGAGAAUGACAGUGCUGAAGAAGUUGCUCUAGAGAUGGUAAAGUCAGGUUUUUUCCAUGAGAGUGAUGCCAAGGUAGUGGGGAAAUCCAUCCGGGACCGUGUAAAUCUGAUCAAAAAGUCAAGGGAGCGUCGACAGCAGCAGCUCCUUCAACUGCAAGGCGUUGAAGAACGAAGAGACUCUACUCUCACCUCCUACGCCUUUUGUCACCCAUCUUGCCCAUCUUCACUGAUGCAAGGGUCAACUGCGCAUGGAGGAGGUGGAGGGGCAGGAGGAGUGCAGGAGUCUGAGGAGCUGCCUGAGGUGGACCAGCAUGUAAGGCAGCAACAAAUCUUCAGUGGGACAACCCUUAGUAUGCCAGAAGGUGAGAGCAUCGGGUCUGCCAGCUGUGAAUCCUAUGCAAGUGGACAGAGCCAGGCUUACUCUCAGCAUGGAGAGUCAUACUCUCACUCCCAGACUGCUCUUCCCCCUACGGCAUCUAACACUAAUUCUCAAAUGCCCCCCAUUGGUGAGAGCGGAAACAUUCCAAAUGUGCCUCUUGGGCAGAGUGUUAGCAUGUCCAGCAUGUCCCAUGGCCAAAGUGGAGGGGGACCCAUCGGCCAGUCAUUUCUUCAACCCAACAUUAUGGUUCCACAGGUAUCACCAAGUGUACCUCAGCAAUAUUAUCAGUCACAAACAUUCCCAUCAGAUACAUUUCAGACUACUACUCCUCAUGGCUCAAUGGCACCUUCAAAGUCAUAUAUACCUCCUGUUUCCCCACAAGCACCCAUAAAUGUUCACCCUGCACCCCUGGCAGUCAGUGAUCCUGCUGGACUAGCAGGCACCAUUGUACCCCACACUCAGCAGAUCCAACACCCUGCCACUCCCAUGCGUGUCGCUGACAUCAUUCCUCAUGCUGUACCCCAGCAAACACAGCCUGUCAUGAUUCCACAGCAAACUAUUGUCCCACAACAACAGAUGGGGAUGAAUCCCCAGACCGCCACCCUACAACAGCAGCAACAACAGCAAAUUGAGGCCCAGGCCCCUCUGCUUGAGCAACAACUUAAUACCAUUCAGUUAGCAUCAGAAAUGCAUCAUCACAAACUUUUAGCUUCAGCGGCACAGAAACACCAACAAGAGCCUCAGCAGCAGGUGUGCACACAGCAGUCUGUCCAACAAGCUCAUCCAGCUUCUCAGCAACACAUGAUGGCCACACAAACGGGUAUGGAGCAGCCUAUGCCAGUUCCACAGCCAGGGGAGCAACCUCAGACUUAUAAACAGCAACCAAAAGGUGAUCCUUGUGAUCAAACAAUGAUACAAUCACAGCAACUGCAACAACAGUUUCAGCAACAGCAAGUUCUGUUGCAAAAGCAGCAGCGACAGCUAGAGCAGCAGCAGGCUUUGCUCCUAGAACAACAUCAGUUGUAUGUCCAGCAACAGCUUGAUCAGCAGCAACAAAAAGCACUGUUUCAGCAACAGCAACAGCAACAAGCCCAAAUACAACAGCACCAGGCACUGCAGCACAAGCAACUGAUGGAUCAACAGCAGCAACAAGCUCUUAUGCAACAGAAACAAGGGCAGCAGCCACAAAGUCCAGUGCAGCAGCAGCAACUACAGCAGGCACUUUUACAGUAUCAAUUAGAACAACAACAACAGCAACAACCACACUCACAGCAGGAGCCAAACCAGUUAUAUCAACAAAUUGUGCAGUACGAAGGAGGAACACAAGCAGAACCAGAGAUGCGGCAGCAAAAUGAACAACAACAAAAAAGCAUACUGCAACAAUUACAUCAGACGCAACAGCAAAGUGAACAAAUCCAUCAGCAAACUCUUAUCCGAGAGAUUGGUCAGCAGCAGCAACAGACACUUUUACAUUUGCAGCAACAGAUAAUUUUACAGCCACAGCAGCAACAGCAACAACAGCAAGCUCAACUUCAGCAACAAGAACAGCAACAAGUACAACUCCAACAACAGAUAGAGCAGCAGCAAUCGCUGUUGCAGCAGCAGUUAGAACAACAACAGCAACAAGUAAUAUUGCAGCAGCAACAAGCAGAGAUAUUACAGCAACAUGGUUUGAUGAAGCAGCCGAUUCAAGAGCAGCAACAGCAAGCUGCCAUCAUUCGACUCCAGCAAAUUGAAAAACAAGAUGCUGUGCCUGUUUCACAAAGCAGCAUUGAACAACCAACUGAUAUACAACAGCUGUGUAUCCCACAAGUAACCAAUCAGUUUACGCAGCACACCUCCCAACAGCAAAUGAUAGAUCAUCAACAGCAUGUAUCUUUUAUGCAGCAGCAAGCCUUUGUUGCUCAGCCACAACAUCUCACCUCUGUGAUGGAACCUCAUCUUUCAGUUGGUGCUCCAACUGCUAUUGAGGCCAUUAAGCAUCAAACGCAUUUAAUUUCUCAGGCCCAGGUCCCCAUGACAAUUCAUGCUGCACAGAUCCCUGUUCAGCCAGCUCCUGUUGCCCUCACACAACAAGGGGAGGUUCAACCCCAGAGGCAGGGCCAAAUACCAGUUCAGUUUUUAGGCCAAUCAGUGUCCCAAGUCCCUCAAGUCACAAGUGAGGCCCACGUAACUCCACCGGGCACAUUGAUCCAGGGACAAAUGCAAGUCAUUCAGAACCAGCAGAUUCCUUUGCAGACUAGUUAUCCUGGACUUGUAGCUCCCCCACAGAGUCAGGUAACGGCUCAGCCAUUCAUCCAUACUCAGCCCACACCCACCCAGCCAAGCCAAGCUGUUCAACCUCCAGUUGCAGUGGAUUCAGUUCCUAGUCAGAUUCAGUAUGAGACCCAGACUCAGCAAAAUGUUCAAAUGCCAGGACUGAUUCAGUCCAAACUCCAACAGCAUACUCAAGGCCAACCACCUUGUCAGGAGCAUCGCCGGCCUCCACCUAACCUUUUGGCCCUUCAAUUUGCCCCUCAGCCUUCCCAACAAAUGAAGUCACCUUUACAGCAAGACAUGACUCAUUUUACACCACAGCAGGCACAUCAGCAACCAAUACUCCAGUAUCAGCAGAUGAUUCUAUCUCCUGGGUCUGAUGGAAGUGUUGGAACUAAAAUAGAAGGUCUCACUUCUGAUAUCCAAUCUACAAACCUUAAUGGCACUCCUCAAUCUAUGCAGGCAGGGCAAGGGGCCCUUUUAGGUCAAACAACAGUACAUCCAGUUGUUCAGGAUCAGUUUCAGUCCUCGGGAAACACUGCUGAUCCUUCAGUCAUUCAACAAAUAUCGCAGCCUUUUAUGCCUCAGUCUACAGAGCAGUACCAGCAACAGCUGCAGAAUCUUUCUCAAGUGCAGCAGCCAACCGCCUUACCCACCCCUCAGGUUCAGCUACCUAUUCAGCCUAUCCCAACUCCCGCCCAACAACCAGUCUCUCUAAAUCUGGCUAUGACAUUUCUUGAAGACAAUCAGCUUCCUUUGCAGUGCACCCCACCUUCCCAACUGUUGUUUCAGCCCCCGGCACUGUUAGGCCCUACUAACUUGGCUGACCCUCAGUCACAAGGCAGGACCCUGCCUCUCUACAGUCAGCUAGUCACAAGUGCCCCUUCAUCUCCACAGCACCACACCAAACAGAUGCUGCCAGCUCACACCCACACACAAACCAGCUUUCAGACACAAAUGCACUCGCAAACACAGACACAAGUUCAAUCACAGACUCAUUCUCACACUCAGACACACACAGAUGCACCAAUAACUGAACAGCCUGUUCUGUCACAAACUGUAUUUCCUGUUCAACAAAUGCCCCUCAGCCCCUCACGUACCACAUGCCCCUCAUCAACACUAGCACCUUUCCCAUCCCGACACCCUGCCACUGCCCCUGCUGCAGAGCUUCGUUCUCCACCAGAAGCCCAGGUAGCCUUACCGGGGCGAGCUGACUUUAUACCCACCUCUCCUCCACCUGUUGCUGCGCAUCAGUCACUUGAAUCUAACGCACCCAAUCUGCCCCAAGCCUUGCUGCAAGACCGUGACCUUUCCCUACUGGGCACCGCUCAGGAUGGCACUCCCACAACAAAUCCAGAACAUCAUUUUUCAUCAGGGUCUGUCCCAGCUAAUGGUGAAGAUACCCUGCUGCUUUUGACAAAUGGGAAAUCAAAGAAAGGUCGUCAUCAGUUUCAACUGAGCAUGCUUCAGGUGUCUGACAGUGGGGACAAUUUGGUAGAGUGUCAGUUGGAGACACAUAGCAACAAGAUGGUUACAUUCAAAUUUGAUAUUGAAGGGGAUUCACCUGAGGACAUAGCAGAUUACAUGGUGGAGGAGGACUUUGUCCUUGAUGUGGAGAAGGAGAAAUUUGUUGAGGAGCUCAGAGCAAUAGUUAAGAAAGCACAGGAAAUUCUUCAGACACAUGCACGGACUGGAUCAAGUGAUCAAUUGCAUGUGAGCACUCCCACCAGCUCAGUAGACUCAGUCCCCCAUUCUUCCCCAGUGAGACGAUGGCGUUUCUUUAUCAACCAGACCAUUCGUCAUAGAGACUCCCUUUCCAGCCAGGGAGCAGUCACACCCCCAUCCACUGCAGAAACACAUUAUCCUCAGAGGGAAAAGGAAGGUGAUGGAUCCCAGAGUGUGGAGUUUUUGACUGGAAUGCCUUUUUCCUCCUACACCACGCUUUCUUCCACCUCUUCCUCAGUCUCCACUGUCUCAGUCCCUACCUCCAUGGUCCAUUCAGCCCCAGAGACCCCUGCUUCACAAACUACCAGCUGUGAAACCCUGUCUGGACCAGCCUCCGCCCCCCUCAUUGCACCAAGUGCUGUUGAAUCACCAGUACUUACUUCAGAUUCUGUGGAGCAAAUUCCCAGUGCUUCUUCAACCAUAGGAAUACAUGUUGCCACUAACGUUCCCACCUUGUCCACCUCUACAACUCUGGCUCCCUCACCCACCACCAUUCUUCCUGAAAAUCUAACCCUUCCUGUUGCCAGCGUUUCCUCCACUGUAGGUCAAAAUAUAGGGGAUCCCAUGAUGACUGCACCAAGGCCAAAUGUAUCUGCCAUGCACCAGUCUGCAACCUCUUUUUAUUCGCCUCCGGGUUCUGCAGUGAUGUCUACUGCAGUUAGUCAACUUGGCAUAGAGCAGCAGCAGACCUUUACCCAGGUGGCUAAACCAACCCAACUGCAACUGCAGCAACAGGCACCCCCUAUUCAACAGCAACUUCAGGCAAUGCAGUAUGAACAACAGAUACAGCAGCCAGGACCACAACAACAGCUAUCACAGUUCGGCCAAGAACAACUCCCACUGCAGCAAGAAGGUGCACAACAACAGGGUCUCCAGCAAUUGCAGCAACAGCACCUAAUUCAAAAGCAAAUACCACUUCAACAACAGUUGACUGAGAUACAAGUGCUGCCUCAAAUAGAUCACACAGAAUUGAUACAACAAUCGGUACCACUUAAUCAGUUAUUUCCACCAUUGCCACUGCAGCAGACCCAACCAACAUCUGUUCAACAGCAAACAUUGCAGUAUAGCCCACAGUUGCUGCAGCAACAGUUUCAUCUUCAGCAAUUACCACAGAAGGUUGUCACACCCCAAGCUGCUGUAGCGCUCCAGCAACAGGCCCACCUUGAUGAGCAACAGCGGCAACAUGCAAACCUGCAACAGACAAUGCACCCACAGCAACAGCAAAUGGUGCAACAACAGCUUCACCAACAGCAACAUCAGUUGUUUAUGGGUGCUGCAGCUCAAAGCCAGAUGUUGCCCUCCACAAUUAGUCAACAAUUUAUUCAACAUCAGCUCCAGCCAAAUGUUAGUCCUGUAACACAACAGCAGGUUUUACAACAAACCCAAGUGCCUGCUGAGCUGGCACAACAUAUACAGUCACAGAACCCGUUGCAACAGUCGGAAUAUCAAUGCAAGAUGGGUAAAGCCUUGGACGCACCCCAGAAAAACCAGCAGUUUUCACUGCAGAAGCAGUCCUCUUUACAGAUGUCAGAAUCAGAGGUGUCUACAGGAGAGACAAGUGUGACAGAGGACACUGGAAGCUAUUCUGCCCCUUUUCACCCUUCAUCUGACUCCUCUCUGGCACCUCUCAAUCUGAGUACUACUGAAGCCCCUGUACAUAAUCUCUCUGUCACAAUGACACCAUCCCCUGUUCAGCCUUCCUCUGUAGCUGAAUCAGACAGUGAAGGCCCUCCCAAAAUUGAUUUUGUGGAUAACCGUAUAAAGACUUUAGAUGAAAAGCUUAGAAACUUGUUGUAUCAGGAGUACAACAGUGCGGCAGCACAGGCUGGAACCGGCUCCGUUCCUACAUCAGCUGCCUCCACAUCAGCAGGAGGUGACGAGUCAUCUGAGCCACAACCAGUCUACCACUUACCUUUCGCCCCACCUGCCUCUUCCUCUGAUACUUCUCCUCAUUCCUCGUCCUCUACUACAUCCUCCACCACCUCCCGUUCCUCCUCCACCUCUCCUGACCCAGAGAAAGAUGGAAGGGGAGAGGAAGCUUGUUUAAAAGUGCCCAACCCUGUAGAGCUGGACCCAGUGGAGCAACACCCUGGAGCAUCUCCUCCCUGCACUUCUCCUUUAUCCACCGUGCCUACCUCUGUACCCCCCCUCAGUCAGGAUGACUCUGCUGGCCCACAGCGACUACCUGUACCCGGAGAACCAACCAUUCUUGCUGCGCCCCCAAACUCUGACACCAGUGCCUCUGGAGAAGCAUCAUGGCCCCCCAAUCAGCCUCCGAUCCCCCUCCGGCCUGGACUGCAGGAGCAAAAUGCAGGAGGUGGAUAUUUUGGCCUAAACCUGACAUGUCCUAGUAUCAGAAAUCCCGUUAGCAAGAAAUCCUGGACUCGAAAAUUCAAAAACUGGGCAUGCAAACUGCGCCACUCCGCCAGCUUAUUCAAGAAGCCCAGAGUCCAGCAAGAUGGACAUUCAAGCAGCGGAGCACUUGGAGAUGUGAAGGAGGUGAUACCACAAAAUCCACCUCAGACACGCAAAGGACGUUUUCAGGUGACUUCAGUCCCCCAGAGCUCUCCCCCAAAGGGCGGGCCAUCAGCCCGUGGCAGCACUCACAGGAAAGUGGGACGCUUCUCUGUGACUCGGACUGAGACAAAGAAAGAGGAAAAGCAGACGGACAGCUCACCAGUGUCUCCUGAUUUGCAAAGGGAGAGAAGGAAAUCUCGGACAAAGGAAGGAGAUAAAGAAGAAUCUAAGAAGACCCCAACAGUUGCCCACUUACCUCGAGUUAUAGGCCACAGUCACUCACCGCUUAGCAGCAGUGAUGAUGAUGAUGAAAGUGAGCUGGAGAAUGAAGAGUUAAGAAAAGAACUACACACGCUUAGAGAGAAGCACAUCAAAGAGGUGGUUUCCCUUCAGGCCCAGCAAAACAGAGAGCUUCAGGAACUCUACAGGCAGCUUCGUUCUCUUAAAGACCAAAGGCAGAGUUUGCCUGCCUCCCUGUCCCAGACCCCUCCACUUCCUGCAGCACCUUCUGCCCUCUCUCCACGCCGGCCCAGGCAAGCUAAAGCCAAGCUCCGGCCCCGGCCUCACUCCCACAUGGAUAACAAUGGAGUUACACACUCUGGAGCUCACCAGUCAAGCAGUGGCGAACAGGGUCGACUGUCACAAUUCUGCAACCCAGAGCAUCGCACUUCCCUGCCUGAUAAGAGAGAUCAGAGUCCUUCAAGGAAAAGCACAUUCACAGAUGAACUGCAUAAGCUUGUUGAUAAUUGGACAAAGGAGACAGUGGGUCCUGCCCCUCCCAAGCCUUCACUGAAUCAAAUCAAGCAGAUCCAGCAGGUGCAGGAGUUGGGAGGCUGGAGCCAUUCAGCUGAGAUGGUUCCACCUGGUUGGUUUGCGACGGCACAACUGAACCCCAACGCCUCCCCCGCCCCCGCAGGCUUGACAGUGGCAGCCUCUCCUUAUUAUACAGGUGGAGGAACCGCGACUACCAUGCCCUCUUCAGGACCUCCAACACCUCAAACGCACAUGGCUCAAGUGCCACAGAUACAGCAAAGUUUGCACCUCCAUCAGUGUCUCCCUUUCCAACAACUGACCUAUCAGCAAUCAUCCUCUCUUCGGCAGCAAAUUCCACAGCCCCAGACGCAAACUCCCGUGCAGUCACUGUCACAGACACAAACCACCACCCAGCUGCCCCGCUCUCCGCCACAUAGCCAGCCGCUGCUGCCUUCCCAAACGCCCGCAUCACCGGUGUCCACAACCACGUCUCUGCUGACGGGCAGUGGCACCACUGUAUCCACUGAUAGCACUACUGCACCCGGGGGGACAUUCUGCUCCUGUUCAUCAUCAUCCUCCACCUGUUCAUCAUCUUGCUCAGCUGCUGCUCUACCUGCCAGUGCCAAAAUUCACCCAACACCUCCCACCUCUACUCUUCCUCUGGUAGAAAAGUAAAACCAAGUGAAGUGUAAGGGCAACAUGAAGGUCCAAGAGAAGGAAAUAGAAAGUGGGUCAGGUCAAAGGAAAAAUCUAUUUGGAGUAUUAGUUGUGUGUAUGUGGGAGAGAGUUGUGACUGUAAUAAAUAUGUGGGUUCCAGUGUGCUUCUUGGUGAGAUGGAAAAUGAAUGUAAAAGAUGGAAAAUAGAUGAAAUUAUGUACAAAUAUGAAACACAGCUACUGGGGUUUAUGAAUGAUGAUGUUUGGAUGUUGAGAUGUAUAAAGUCUUUAAUGUAUGAGUGUGUUCAUUUAUGAGUGUGGGUGAGUUUUUUAUGGAAUAUUUAAGUACAUAUCACUUAUGUCCUUGGAUGCAAAUUUGUUUUUGUUUGCAAACUAACUUCGCUGGACCCGAGAUCUCCCGAAGAAAAGACAAGAGAGAAGAACAUUUGACUGUGUUGGUGUUUUUUGGGUUUAAUUUGUGAAUGCUUAUAGAAAAAGGACUAUGAAUUUUAAAAGUGCAAUUAGUAAUGGUCAUCUAAACUGAUCAGCACAAAUUGAUUUGUCUAUAAAGCAUAAAAUAUUUUUUUAGAGGGACAGAGAUGAUUACCAGAGGCCUAGAGGAUUUUCUUUCAUGGUCUUUUAAAAGUGUAGGCUUACAGCACAAAGUGAUUCAUUGGGCAAUGAAAAAAACAACAUAAACAAACACAACACGUCUAAUAGUUGAACACAGUAGACUUGUUUUUUUGUUGUUUUUUUUUCCCACAGUACAACCAAACACUGUUGUGUACAUUUUGGCAUGUGUUUUGUGUUGUUUGUGUUUUUAACAGAAACCAGUUCAAAUUAACACAAUAAGAUGAAUCAUUUAUGCAACAGCAACCUGAGCUGUUCCAUCUGUCUUCAGUUCAUACUGCAUGGCCUUAUGACUAAUUUGACUUACCUGCACAAUGCAGACUGCUUGCACCUGCUGUAUAUUCAUGAAUCUCAUGUUGAACAUAUGCGGCCUACGGAAAUAACUAGUAAGUUACAUUUGCUUUCAGUAUUAUGCGCUUCCACAUAUGACACUUUUGCUUUCAGUUUGAGAUCUGCAUAUCACAGUGUGUCUGUUUCAUGCUGAGGAGGGAAAAAAUGAAGAAAAAAAAACAACAAACAAACAAAUAACUGCCAAAAUAUAUUGACUGGAGAAACCAUGUGGAAUAAGUUGUUCCCAUGUCGCCUUCAAAAUUUAUUGCAUUGUUGCGAGUUUGUGAGCUAUCUUUCUGUGUGUCAAAUUUUUGUGAUAGUCUCAUGGUACAUUGUAUCAUGAAUUGGAUCCCCUUUUCUUUUAUUGAAAGCAGCCGCUCAGAUGUCACUACUCAAAUGGAAAUGUUUACUCUGCCUAUGUUCUUGGAUUGCCUCCUCAAGAAACAAAAGUGAGUUAAGUGAGUUAUUAUUAGGUCAUGCUGGUUGUAGGUUUGAUGUUUAACACUGCUGUGAGACCAUCACAUGCAUAGUUGUUAGCUUUGUUCUGGUAUUCCUUAUUUCAGUUAACUAUUUAGACUUUGACCAAAGGCUUUAAAUGUGAAUGCAUCAAAUGAGAAGCUAAAAUGUAGCCCAUCGCUGUGCUUUACGUACACCAUUAAAAAUUAAAUUUUAUUUCUCACUUCAUUGUAGAUGCAAAGCUAUUCAGGGGUAAUAUAUCAGCAGAAGAUACAUUACCAUGAAAUUUACUGGCCCAUCUGUGCAUUCAGUCAUAAAUACAUUUGAAUAUUGAUGGUCAGGCAGUAAGGCAUUUUUUCCCAUUGUAAGAAGUAGCCUGUAGUCAACGCAGAAUUUCUGUUUGAUUGAUUGUAGGGAGAUUGUGUGCCACAGAAAACAGGAGAUUGCAUAGGAUGGAAAGACAAUCCUUAAUGUGAGUCAAAGAAGUAUAAAGCAUAAUUUAAGGAGGAAUAGUUCAUACUAACAGGAAUGGUUGUGCAUAAUCUAGAAUUUGAAUUCUUCAGUUCUUUGUAUUUGUUGCUUUUUAAGACUUCCUACAUAUUACAGAAAUGUCAUUGACUACAAGUGAAGGUGAAAUACUGUGCCGUCAUGUCCGAUACUAACAUGUAUCUAACAAGCUAUGGCUUAAUGGUCAUGAUUAUGAAGCUGGCUUUGUCCUUGAAGUGUUACCAAAAUGUAAUCUGAAAGAUAAAGAAUAUUUUUGUAUUUUGGAAUGGGGUUGUACAGAUUGUAAAGUAGUGUUUCCAUCACUGUAAAUCUAAAGUUAUUUGAAAUUACAAAACAUUGGUCUCCAUUGCUGUUUAUGUGGGACUCCUUAUACACCUCUUUGAGUAUUGAUAACACAGUUCAAUUCAUUACUAAUUAUUUUCAGAUCAAUUUUGGUAAUUUUUGACAUCAUGUUUCUUCUCUGCAUGAGGAUAGAAUUACAACUGUUUUCCUGUUAUACUGCAGGCCUAAUAUGAUAAACAUACAAAUUAAUGGAACAGCAAUCUGGGGAGUCCCAAGAUGACAACCAAUGAUUAAAGUACAUUUGGCCAGAAAAACUGAGUAAUAAAGUAUGUUGCUGGUGAUUUAGCCUCUGUAAAGUUUUAACUAAUUGAACUGUUGAUUUUGUUUAUGUUUUGUUACUAACAAAAAUAAAUGAUUUGACUUGGCAUGUGAGGUACUUGUCCAAUCCACAACCGUUUACUGUGGAGACUUGAUGUGGAACACCUAUUUGAACACAAAUUUGACAUGGAAGUCAGAGGCAUUUCUUUGGUCCCUUUAGCACAAAUAAAAUUUCAAUUUGAUAUUGAGAAGGAAAAAAAACAGCAUUAAAGAC